CCACCCCUACUCCCACCACCAGCUAGAGUCAUACACAUGAUUACGGGAGGUCUGGAAGCCGGUGGACUAAGCUCUAAGCAGCGAAAGUUGUAUGUCAGAGAGGUUAAGCACCAGAACAGAGCUCAAAAGCGAAAAUUUGACGAUGCUGAGUGGAAGAAUCAACCCAUCACUUUCACAUCUGCUGAUCUUGAAACAGUUGUCACACCUCACAAUGAUCCUCUAGUCACUUCUGUCACGAUCAAUAAUUGUGAGGUGCAGCGUGUCCUUGUUGACAUAGGGAAUGCACCAGACAUCAUGUACUUCCAUUGUUUUGAGAGUCUUGGGUUAGAUCCAGCCCUGUUGCAGCGGUAUGAUGGUCCCAUUUACGGGUUCAAUAACCAACCAGUUCCAGUUGAAGGAGUCCUCACCAUGAAUGUUGCAUUUGGAAGUGGCCGAAGUUAUGUGACCCCUUCAGUCAGGUUUCUAGUAGUCAAGAUGGCGUCCUCAUUCAAUGUCGUCAUUGGUCGAUCCACACUGAUUGAAAUCCGAGCUGUGGUUUCCCAAUCUCACCUGUGCAUAAAGUUCCCAACUCCUACGGGAAUAGCAACGCUACGAGGCAACCAGGAGGUGGCCCGACAUUGCUAUAUCACCUCGGUAACACAACCUCAGAAGAGCAAGGCUCAGACACCCGAGACUGAUCCCAAACAGAUCGAAGAUGUGGAGGAGGUACAGAUUGAUGACAAAGAUCCGAGCCGGAAAACACAAAUUGGGACUAAAUUGAACCAGGAGGAAAGAGCAGAGCUAAUAGCUUUUCUUCAAGCCAAUAAAGAUGUUUUUGCAUGGACUUCAGCAGAUAUGCCGGGAAUUCCCACUUCAGUUUUUCAACAUAAACUCAGCACCAAUCCCCUCAAGAAACCGGUAGCCCAGAAGCGACGCCUAUUCGAGGGGGAGAGGUUAAAGGUUAUUAAAGAAGAGGUCGAGAAACUCCUACAAGCCGACUUUAUCAGAAGGGUAGAUUACUGUGAGUGGGUCGCCAAUCCGGUGUUGGUGAAAAAAGCAAACAGUAAAUGGCGGAUAUGCAUUGAUUACACUAACCUGAACGAUGCAUGUCCAAAGGACUGUUAUCCAAUGCCAAACAUUGAUAAGCUGGUUGAGGCAGCUUUGGGAAAUGAGAGAUUAAGUCUCUUGGAUGCAUACUCAGGCUACCACCAGGUCCCAAUGGCUCCUGAGGAUGAAGAAAAAACCUCGUUCUAUGCUGGCGAUGAGAUCUAUUGCUAUGUAAUGAUGCCCUUCGGCUUGAAGAAUGCAGUGGUAAAGAGUUUGAAAGCUGACGAUCACUUAACCGACCUUGAGGAGACAUUCAACAAUCUCAGACAGAAUAGAAUGAGUGUGCUGCAUGGAGCCGAACUGAGGUAUCCUAUAGCUGAGAAAGCAGCCUUAGCAGUUGUCACUUCGGCCAGAAAGUUGAGGCCAUAUUUUCAGUCGCACCCGAUCAUUAUUCUUACAGACCAACCCCUUAAGCAGAUUCUGCAAAAGCCUGAGUGUUCUGGAAGAUUAAUUAAGUGGGCAGUAGAACUGGGGGAAUUUGAGAUAACAUUUCAGCAAAGAUUUGCGAUCCGAGCUCAGGCAUUGGCAGAUUUUAUUGUAGAAUGCACUCCAGGUAAUUCCACUCCUACUCUUGAGCCCAAUGACUGGACCUUAUAUGUUGAUGGGGCAUCUAGUAGCAAAGGUUCGGGAGCUGGUGCUCUCUUGAUUGGCCCAGAUGGAUACCGCAGUGAACAUGCCCUGAAGUUCAACUUCGAUGCAACAAAUAACAUGGCUGAGUAUGAAGCCCUGCUACUUGGUUUGCAGCUAGCAUUGGAAUUAAAACUCAGUACGAUCCAAGUGUACAGUGACUCCCAGCUGGUGGUAAACCAAAUUAACUCAAUCUGCGAAGUUGUUGAUCCUGUGGUGAUGAAAUAUGUAGCUCUGGUGGCCGAGCUGAAGUGCAAAUUCCAGAAAUUCUGUCUGAGCAAAAUCCCCUGGACUGAGAAUGAACAGGCAGAUUCACUCUCUAAAUUCGCCUAUGAUAGUUCUUCACAGUCCAUAUCAGUUUUCGUGGAGGUCUUAGAUGAACCAAGCUUCAUGAAGCCACGGGUGAUGGAAAUCAGCACAGACCCAGGUACGCCAGGCUGGACUGACUCAAUUAUCUCCUUCCUUCGAGACGGGGUAAUACCUGAGGAUAAGCAGGAGGCAAUGAGGUUGAUGAAGAAAGCAUCUCGGUAUACACUUGUUGAUGGGAUCCUCUAUAAGAGAUCUUUCUCACUCCCUCUCCUACGGUGCUUGAAUCCCUAUGAAGCAGAAUAUGCACUUAGGGAGGUGCAUGAAGGUGUCUGCGGAAGUCACGUAGAGGCUCGAACUUUGGCUCAUAAAGUCCUCAGACAGGGUUAUUAUUGGCCCAACAUGUACAAGGAUGCUACUCACUUUGUUCAGAGAUGCAUGAAAUGCCAGUUCUUUGCGCACCUAACUCACCAGCCUGCAGAAGAGCUCACUACUCUGGUAGCACCAUGGCCAUUUGCUCAGUGGGGCUUAGAUCUUUUGGGCCCAUUCGUGAAAGGGGUUGGUGGUGUAACCCACCUAAUUGUUGAUGUAGAUUAUUUCACAAAGUGGGUUGAAGCUCGGCCGUUAUCCAAUCUUACUUCCAAGAAGGUUGAAGACUUUGUGUUCAGCUCAAUCAUCUGCAGAUAUGGGAUCCCGAAUCAGAUUGUGGCUGAUAAUGGAACUCAAUUUCACUACACUUCUUUUCGAGAUUUCUGUUCCAGUUACGGGAUUAAACUGCAGUUCACCUCGGUUUACCAUCUGGAGUCCAACGGCAUGGUCGAAUCUGUUAACAAGUUCAUCUUAGAAGGAAUAAAACCGAGGCUGGAACAACAAAAGGCUAGAUGGGCAGACGAGCUCAACAACGUCCUCUGGGCAUACAGAACUACGAGUCGAACUGCCACAGGUGAAACACCCUAUCAUCUGGCCUUUGGUACUGAAGCAGUCAUUCCUAUCGAGAUAGGGGUUCCAAGCUUCAGAGUCACCCAUUUCGAUGAAGGACGAAAUGGACAACUGCUUCGAGAGAACCUUGAUUUGCUUGAUGACGUUAGAGAAGAAGCACGACUUCGAACUCUAGUCUACAAGCAGAAAAUAGCAAACUUCUACAACAAACGAGUUCGACCUCGAACAUUCAAAGUAGGAGACCUUGUCCUCAGGAAAGCUGGUCUAACGGGGUUCGAAACUCGAUUCGGCAAGUUGGCACCGAACUGGCUACACUGUUGCCGAAGUGCCGCACCCAGGUGCUUAUAUCCUACGAGACACUAAAGGCAAUCGGGUUCCCAGGGUCUGGAAUGUCAAAAAUUUGAAGAAAUUCUACCCUUAGCACACUUCUUUCCAGUAAACUUUGUUUUAACCACCAUUAUUUUGAUUGCUGUAUAUUAAAACUCAAUUCAUAUG